AGGCUCGUUUGCGCCGAAGAGUAGUUGUGUUUCUAUUCUCAUCAUCGGAUCAUCAGUUCUCUCAGCUUCUCCAGUCUUUCAUUCCACUUAACAAUUUCUCCCUGCCGGUCAGGACUUUUUAAUAUUUUAAUCCUAGACCUUCAACAUCAGUUUCCGUGUCCAAAAAUGCCUUCUUUCACCGCAUUCAUCACUCUCGGCCUCAUCGCUACUGCGCAGCUAGUCGCAAGCCACGGCGUCAUCACCGACGCCACCGGUGAUGCUGGUGGGACUGGCAUGGCCCUCGGUGUCGACUCCUCGACUCCCCGCGAUGGAACCCGCCGCAACCCAUUCCAGCAAGACAGCACCCGCUUCCGAGGUGCUCAGGCCGACACCUUUGGCGAAACCAUCGGGGACGGCGACAACGACCUCGAGUCUGGAACCCAAGCCAUCAUGGCAGAAACCGGGGACCAGCUCCCGCAAAUAACCCCAAACGGAUCGCUGAAAAUGACACUGCAUCAGGUGAACGCCGAUGGGGCCGGGCCCUACACUUGCAUGAUUAAUGCCGACGGCACGGGAGCCGAUUGGGAUGAUAUUGAUGUUACGCAGUCGCCUCCCGGUGAUGACUCGAGAGAUCGGGAUGGUAACGAGACGGAUUUCCCGCUGACGGCGGCGAUUCCCGCGGAUCAGGAGUGUACUGGUACCGUUGCAGGACAGGAUAAUGCAUGCCUAGUACGCUGCCAGAAUGGAGCCAGGGCCGGACCAUUUGGUGGUGUUGUCCCUGUUCAGAUGGCGAACACGACUUCCGCUGACAACGCGCGCCGAAACCUUGCACGUGCCAUGAAGAGGAGUGUGUCUCUUCUGAAGAAAUAAGCGCCCAGUCUUCAAUAUAGCCUCCUGUCCGUGGGUCGAUGCGGGUCACCUAAGCCGCACCUUAGUCUUCGCCGUGGACUUUGGCGGCAUAAUAGCGCUAGACUGGUUCUCUUCGCACUUUGCAAAACCCGUUAAUCCUACCUAGGUGUGCUUGAAGAUUGGCCUCAGAAUUGUUGAGAUAUAGAGUUGGAAGAAAUAAUUUUAUUCUAUUUAUUCAAAUUUAUUUAAACCAAUAUAUGAGUGCGACCAUCUCAUUCAUAAAAUCAUAUUAAUUAUACGUACACGACUAGAAGCUAAA